CCGAGCAUCCAAGGACCUUCAUUCAUGGGUGGCUUUGCAGUAGGUCAAUCGAUUUUAUUCGAGUACUAUGCUCGGGGUAAUGACCAAGGAGUUCUAAUUUUUGAUCAUUAUGAUCCUGGCGCAGUACUGUUGAUGGAUGUUUCAAAUUCUACUGCCUUAAAGUCUACUUACAAAGUCUAUUUUUACGUACCUAAUAAGUAUCAAAAUGGUGGUCUUCCUAAACCUUUGAAAUCCAAAAUUAAGCAAGUGGAACUACCUAAAUAUAAAUAUGCAGCAGUUCGAAGGAUCGAUGGGGAAAUUAUUGAAGAUAUUAUAUUAGGACAGGUUGAUGAAUUGAGGAAACAGUUGAAAGGCACUAGUUAUAAUCGGGCAGUGGAUCGUAAUGAAUUUACAUUUAUUAUAUAUGGUGAGGGAAAAUAUCAACAAGGGUACGAAAUUCUUAUUUGGUUUGACUAG